AUGAUCGACCUUCCACCCGCUAGGGCGGUCUCGGAAAACCGUCGUGAAAGGGAGACCUUCAGAUAUGACUCCUCGCUCAUUGCCCAGGCCGUCUAUAACGAUGCCAGCAGCUUCAUCCCGCCAUCGGAGCUGAGCUCUUCCUCGGACCCGGCCCUGACGGCCUUCGCAGAGCUCGGCGCUUUACGUCUCAAUGCCAGCCGUGCCCUCAUCUCGUUGUUCGACAGCAAAUACCAGUACAUCGUUGCCGAGGCCACCCCGUCUCUGGCACUGACUCCCAAGACCAAAUCCGAGGACCUUGAAACCGGGGAGCACUUGUUGCUCUCCGGUACCGCUCUGCCACGUUCGUCCGGCGUGUGCGAGAUGGUCCUCGCAGUUCCCGAGUCUUCCGACAAUGCGCCUUGGAGAAAUUCUGAACUCCCAGUGACCGUAAUCCCCGACCUCACGAAAGACCCCAGGACGGCAGAGCGACCUCUCUGUCUCCACUCGUCAGGCAACCGCUUCUAUGCUGGCGUGCCCAUUCGUUCCCAAAAGGGCAUCAACAUCGGUGUCUUUUGUGUUUUUGGGCAACAUCCUCGCGAAGGGCUGGACAAUGUGUCGAUGCGGCUUUUGCAAGACCUGUCCAUGGUCAUCGUCGAUUACCUAGACGCCAAGCGCAACAGAGACGACCAUCGCCGUGCCGAUAGAAUGGUUCGUGGCGUCGGUAGCUUCAUCGAAGGCAAGAGCACCAUGUCUGGCUGGAGGAUGAGGAACAACCCGGAUUCCUUCAACGACAACCCCUCCUUCGAAGGCGGUCUCAACAAGAAUCAGCAGCAGCUCCAGCGCGAUAACGAGUUGAUCGCAGCCGAAGAUUCUCAACGAGAAGCGGCAGCUUUAAAUGAUUGGCAGCGACCGAGUCCUGAAUCGAGAGAUUACUUGAAGUUGACGGAACCUCAUCAACGGACAGGAAACCAAGCGCUGGUGCCGUCUGUUUCCGGAAAGUCUUUCAAAGCCUCACGAUCCGGGUCAGGCGGGUCCGCACACGAGAACCGGGACCCCCACGAUACUAAACUCCGCCACAUCUUUUCAAAGGCGUCCAACAUCGUUCGUGAGGCCAUCGAGGUUGAGAGUGUCCUGUUUCUGGAUGCCACCAUUGGCUCAUUUGGUGGGCUGGCUGACUCCAAAACCUAUCACGUCACAUCGACGGGUGCUAAAUCGCCAUCUUCAUCGAGCGAUGAAAGGAGCAGCUCAGGCUCAGGGAGCGGUAACAACAGUCUUGUCAGCCAGGAAGACGCCACGUGCCGUGUGCUGGGCUUUUCAAGCUCGGCCAUCUCGAGCAUUGACGGCGACCUGCCCUCCCAAAGUCAUGCCUCCAUAUCUGAAAAGUUUCUUUCCAAGCUACUGCGGCGCUACCCUGAAGGCAAGAUUUUCAACUUCGACGAGAGCGGCUCCAUUCAGUCUAGCGACUUUUCUGGAGAUGACCACACCCUGACUGUGCAGACGCCCGUUGAUGAUGCGGCCGAGCCUCCGCAAACACCGAUCGAAGACGACCGCAAACGCCGAAGGAGACCCAAAAACCCUUUUUCAAGACGCAACGAAGGCAAGCUUCUCAAUGACAUCUUUUCGGGUGCACGAAGCAUUGCGAUAGUUCCUUUGUGGAACGCCCAGAAGCAACGCUGGCACGCCGGUGGUUUCGCCUGCACGAAAACCCCCACGCGCGUUCUCACCGUCGAGGGCGAGCUCAGCUAUCUCCGGGCUUUUGGCGCGGUAAUAAUGUCCGAAAUCCAUCGCGUCAACUCUAUGCUAGUGGACAAGGCCAAGACGGAUCUACUGAGCUCGCUUUCUCACGAGCUUCGAUCUCCGCUGCACGGCAUCAUCCUUGGUUCGGAGCUGCUUCAUGACACCCCUCUCGAUGCGUUCCAGGGCGAGACGCUGGUCUCGAUAGAGAAUUGCGGACGCACACUUUUGGAGACCAUUGAUCACCUUCUGGACUGGAGCAAGAUCAACAACUUCAUAGGCCCUUCGAAGCGUCGCAACAGCACUGUUGACGUCGGCGAUAGAGGUCUCAGGAACCGGGACCAGAAAAUCAGCAUCGAAGCCGGCAUGAUGAGCAUUACCUCUAAUGUGGACCUUGAUGUGCUAUCCGAAGAGGUCGUUGAGAGCAUAUGCGCUGGGUUCAGCUACCAACGGGUAUCAGUUGCUCAGCUCGCCAACAACAGACCAGGCGAGCACGCAGAUACGAGUGCGAUACGCAGGCUUGACAGCAUGCAGGCGAUGGAAGACAUGGCUUCGGGGACAAACAAAUUCGGAGAUCUUCAGCUCGUUCUCGGCGACGUGUCCGUGACGUUUGAUAUCAAUCCUGCGGCAUCGUGGCGCUAUCAUACCCAGCCCGGCGCGAUUCGCCGGAUUAUCAUGAACUUGUUGGGCAACUCACUCAAGUACACGAGCAAGGGCUUUGUCAACGUCCACGUGACUCAGAUGAGCAGAAAGGAGGAGAAUCCUUCGGGUAACGCCAAGAUCCAGAUCGACGUGGUGGACUCUGGGCGAGGCAUCAGCGAAGACUACCUCCGACAUCGCCUCUUCUCCCCUUUUGCUCAGGAGGACAACCUCUCUGCUGGGGCCGGCCUGGGCCUGAGCCUGGUCAAUCAGAUUGUCGCUAAAUUGCGCGGGUCCAUCCAGGUUUGGAGCAAGGUCGGCCACGGGACCAAAGUGAGGGUGCAGCUGCCACUGCAGGCCGCCGUCCAAACGUCGCCGACAAUCAGCCAUCCGAACACUAUCGGUUUCGACGACUUCCGGGCGUUGGUAAGCGAGCUCGGGGGUCUCCGAGUCAAGCUCUUGGGUUUCCCAGACGACUAUGGAGUUCAAUUGGUCGACGACUUGUCGAGCCACACACGGAGCGAGGGUGAAUUGGUGGCAAACAUCUGCAGGGACUGGCUUCGAAUGCACAUCAUUGACCAAUCCGUAGAAGAACAGCUCCUCCCCGACCUGGUGCUAUCUACUGAACGACACCUGGACCAACUCCUCUUCGAACGACGUCAAGGCAUCAUUUCCACGCCCGUUGUGAUUAUUUGUCGGAACGCCCUGAUUGCGCGGCAACUAGCAACUUCGCCGCGAUUCACUGGCAAGCGGGUCGUUUUUGAGUUCAUCUCGCAGCCCAUCGGACCAAGAAAACUCGCCAAGGUCUUGCUGCUGAGUUUCAGAAGAUGGACUCGAUCGCAAGCCGGCGUCAUUCCCACGCCCACGCAGUUGUCUCUGACAAGCGCAGCCCGGUCCAAUACCAAUCACAACACGCCUACCGGUCGGAGCCUGGGAGGCAGUGCUGGUGGAAGAAGCACGGAGUCUCUGCGAGAACUUCCCAAUGAGGAUGAGUUCAAGCUCGACAAGCAAGAAGAUGGUGGCUCGGUAAACAGGCCGAGGUCGAACGGCGAUGACCGACUAGAGGGCCUCGAAGAAGGUAAGGAGUCGGGCGCCGAGGAUAUAGUUCUUCCGGAUCGACCGAAGCGAGAAGAGACACCUGCUUCAGACUCAAAACGCAGCGGACGUUCAAAGAAGGACGGUAAAGAUCGAUCUAAGUUUUUAUUGGUUGACGACAAUCCGCUCAAUCUCAAGAUACUAGCAUCCUACAUGAAAAAGUUGGGACACGAGUUCCAUAAUGCCAUGGACGGGCAACAAGCUCUGGAGAUAUUCAAAGAGGGUGCCGGACAGUUCCAGUGCGUCCUCAUGGACAUAUCGAUGCCCGUGAUGGAUGGGUUCGAAGCGACGCGCCGCAUCCGCGCCAUCGAGACGGAUCAGGGCUUUAGGCGUUGCCACAUUUUUGCGCUCACGGGUCUGGCAUCAGCAAGCGCGCAGCAAGAGGCGUUUGCGAGUGGCAUCGACCUGUUUCUUACCAAGCCCGUGCGACUGAAAGAAUUGAAUAGGAUUUUAGAGACGAAGGGGGUUGCAUGA